AUGGCGAACAUGUUUCAAAGACUAUUCAAAGAGCCACUACCUCCGCCAACUCACAUCAAUGUCACUGUUACGGCUUCGUCAAAAACACUUCACAAACACGGGUCUGCCACUCCGUUCACCCUCACUUUCGAGGCGACUCUGGAAGAGUCGCCUGAUGGACCCAACGAGCCCCUCACUGUCCUCGCUUUUGACACACUCCUGGAUCCGAGCGGUAUUGCGCUUUAUGAGGACGGGCUUCAGUUCAUAGAUAGCAAUACGGGCGCGCAGGCGAAGCGUCCGGCCAUGAACAGGCAAUACGACUUUGGCGACAAGUCAAACAUCCUCGUCAAUCCCCAAUUUGAGCGAUAUUUUGUCACCCUCAAACCCGGCGUGCCGAUUCGGGUGACGCAUACGAUGAGGCCAUGUCCCAGAUUGCCAUCGCAGAAUGAGUACACUCCGGAGGAACAGUCAACGUCCAACAGGGAAGGCGAAGCAACUGGUGAAGAUGAAGCCAUAGUUGCUGCGGCCUUUUCACACGUGACGUACCUCGAAGUAGGGUCGACGUAUCACGUCCAGCUUGGUGAAAAACUGAGCCGUAUUGACUGGUAUCGAUAUGGAUCCAAGGAUCAAGUCCUGAAAGAACAAAUUACUGGAGACGGUCUUGUGAAUAGCUUGGUAGGCUCGAAAGGACGUUCCGAGCGGGUUGGGGACAGUGAAGUACAGGCGGUCCCUCUUGUGAUGCAGGGUUCUGCUAGCUUCAGGGUCGAGGAAUAA